AUGACCAUCGAAUUAAAGCCUUUACCUCUACCCAAUAGCGCAGAACCGUCGCAUUUCAUCAAUUUUGGCCGUGAAGUGAAGGGUAUCAAUCCUGGAAAUUGCACAUCCGAACAACUGGAAGAUAUCAAGCAGGCGCUGUACCAACAUGAAGUUCUCCUCUUCCGUGAUGUGGUUCUCACUCCCGAACAGCAACUGAAGCUCACAAAGGAGUUCGAUCCUGAUUCCGAAAUAUAUGGUCACGGAGGUAAGCUAGAGAGUGAAAAAUCGUCCAUCCUUCAUUCUGCUCUCCACGCCAUCCCUCGAGUACCCCAAGUCCAACUCAUCGGUAACGGCAUGAUACAUGACCAUGAAGGACUUGCCGAAACUAGAUUGAAGCAUCUGACUCACAAGACAUUUCACAAAACCAUCAUAAGUCCCGAGGACGAAGUCAAAGGAUUCACGAGAUUCUAUCGAUGGCAUAUUGACGCGGCGCUCUAUGACCUCUCUCCACCACGAGUCACAACUUUGUAUGCCGUACGUGUUCCUGAAGGGCCCAACCAGAUAUGCCGCUACGAUGAUGGAACUGGAGACGAGCUAGAGGUACCUCUUGCGACUACAGCUUUUGUGUCUGGUCAGACAAUGUUCCAACUGCUCCCAUCAGAGCUGAAGAGUGUUGCUGUUCGGGCGAACGUCAAAUAUGCACCACAUCCAUAUGUUUGGAUGGCCCCCGCACAUGCCAAAUCGACCGGGCUAGGAAUUGAGUCCGAAAGUCUAGAAACGCCAUUAGAGCAGCUUCCUUCUUGGGUAGAGGAUAAAAUCAAGAUCCAUCCAGUGUUGUGGAAGAACCCAGUAUCGGAAGCGCUCUCAUUCCAAGUCCAUCCUUGCUGUGCUACAGAAGUUUUGAUCAAGCCGCUCCCUCCUGGUGCAUCUCGUGAAAAUGCUCUGUAUCCAGAUGGCGCUCAUCCGAAUGAAUUGAGCGAGGUUAGGGAUUUACUUUACCGAAUGCAAAGACCUGCCAUUGCACCGAGUUUGGUGUAUCCCCAUAAAUGGAAUGACAAGGACUUGAUAAUCUUUCACAAUCGAGGAGUCCUCCACACCGUUGUUGGAACACUGCAACCAGAUCAAGUUCGCGUCUAUCAUCAAUGUAAUCUUGCCGCAUCUGAGGAUCCGAUCGGACCGUCGAACGAGGAUAUCAUUAAGUGGGCGUGA